AUGGCAGCCCGCACCCCAGCCCGCGAGGCAGCCGCGGCCAAAAUCAAAGACAUCUCCACCCUCGCCACCUCUGCCCGCGCCUCGGCCUCGGACGACCGACUGCUCAUCACGGCGCUCCGUACGCUCGCCACCUUCGACAAUGCCAAGAACGCCGUCUUCUUCCUCGUCCUCUACCGCUACACCACCCGCCUCUUGCGGCAUCUCAAAGUCUAUGGCAUCUCCGAGUCCCUCUUUCAGAUCUACCGCUCCGUGUCGGCACGAGCGUUUGCGCUGCUGCUCAAGACGCCGGCGGCGAAACGCAAAGUCGCCCGGGAGCUCAACGCGGCCAUGAAGGAGGUGGAGGAGAAGAUCGUACCGCGACCAUCGCACCUCGAAGUCAACCGGUCGUUGCCGCAGUUGGGUAAAGAGUCUGAGUGGAUCCGCGGCGAGAUGGGUAAGCUGCAAACGAUGGAGGCGGGCGUAGACGCCAAGGUGGUCGAAUCCGAUUGGAAGGAGCGCGAUGGGCAGAGCGUGUGGAAAGGCGGCAAAGUCUCCGGUGCAGUCUACCAUGGUGGUGACGACCUCUCCGAGCUGUUGGCCGACUCGAUCCGUCAAUUUUUGGUCUCCAACCCGCUGCAUCCAGACGUGUUCCCCGGUGUGCGAAAGAUGGAGGCCGAGAUCGUAGCCAUGGUGUUGGCCAUGUACAACGCUCCCCCCGGUGCGGCGGGUGCGACGUCGUCCGGUGGAACCGAGUCGAUCUUGCUCUCCUGCCUCGCCAUGCGAGAGUGGGCGAGAGCGACAAAGGGAAUCAAGGAGCCGGAACUCAUCGUCUCCGUCUCGGCGCAUGCAGCGUUCGACAAGGCUGGGCAGUACUUUGGCAUCAAGAUCCACCACAUUCCCGUCGACCCUGUUACCCGCAAAGUCUUGGUCGGUCGUGUAGCUCGUGCGAUCAACAGCAACACCAUCGGUCUUGUUGGAUCCGCACCCAACUUUCCCGAUGGAGCCAUCGACGAUAUCCCGCACUUGGCAAAGCUCGCCCGUGCGCACAAGAUUCUGUUGCACGUCGAUUGCUGUCUCGGCUCGUUCCUCGUUCCUUUCCUGUCCAAGGCAGGGUUUGAGAGCGAGCCGUUCGACUUCAGAGUCGAGGGCGUGACGAGCAUCAGCUGUGACACGCACAAGUACGGCUUUGGUCCCAAGGGUCUUUCGACCAUCCUGUACCGGUCUGCCGAACUUCGACGCUUCCAGUACUACGUCAAGACGGACUGGCCUGGAGGAGUCUACGCCACUCCCACGCUCUCCGGUUCUCGCCCUGGGUCGCUGAUCGCUGGAACGUGGGCGGCGAUGAUGCACCUCGGUCAGAGCGGCUACACUCAAUCAUGCCGGGACAUCGUUGGUGCGACCAAGGAGAUUGUCACGCGGAUCGAACGCGAGAUCCCGGAACUCUACGUCCUCGGCAAACCGCUCGUGAGCGUCAUCGCCUUCGCCAGCGCCGCCGACAACAGCGUCAGCAUCUACGACGUCGGAGACAGCAUGAGCAAGAAGGGGUGGCACAUGAACGGUCUCUCGGGCGACACACCCGCCAUCCACAUCGCCGUCACCCGCCUCACCAUCCCCGUCGUCGACGAGUUCGUCAAGGAUCUCAAGGAAAGCGUCCAAACCGCAAGAGCCAGCUUCAGCGGCAAAAAGGGUAGCAUGGCCACCUUGUACGGCCUGGGAAGCGGCGUCAGCGCCACCGCCAUCGUAGGAGAGCUCGCUUCCAGAUUCAUCGACACCCUUUACCUCCUCUAG